AUGCCUCUUUUUGGACACAAGAAGUCUGCCCCUGUCGAAAGCCAGCCUGCAGAGACCCGGGAGCCACGACAGACACGUUCGAGUCGAGGAGGCUUGAUGCGUCGACGAAGCUCCUCCGUCUCAUCGUCGGAUGUGGAAUCUCCUCACAAGUCACGGGGAAUUUUUGGUGGCCGUCGUCGAUCAACGUCGAUGGAAGAACACCGCGGCAGUCAUGACACCCGACGAUCGUCCAACCGAUUGUCCCAUGGUUCCACCCGCAAUUCUGGAGGACUAUUCAAUCGUCACUCGGAAGACCAAUCCAUCUCUGGCGCUCGUGAACGUGUUCUUUCCGCGGAGCGAGCAGAGCAAGAAGCCGACCGAGCAGCUUUGCAGGCCAGAACCGCAGUAAGAGAGGCAAGGGAGCAUGUCAAGAACCUGGAGCGGGAGGCAGCUGAAGAAGCUCGUCUUGCCAAGAUCAAACAGAAUCACGCCCGAGACAUUUCGAAGCGAGCCAAACCUCUUGGACGCUACUUUUGA